GACAAUUUGCCUCGGUUUCUGUCAAGUCUCCUUGCUGCUACUUUACAGGAUGGGCUGUUCCCUCACGGGUGUUUCUCACCCUGCUUACAGCCGGCACUCCCCACUGAGUGUGAAAGGCCUUUGGUAGAGAUGGCAGACAGCCCUAUCUAUUGUUCACUAGAGCUGCCUGCUGCACCUCAGGUCCAAGAUGACUCCAGAUGGAAGCUCAGAGCUGUCUUACACCGGCCCAGUCUUUCUUGCCUUGUGAUGGUGGCUUUGGGACUUUUGACCAUGAUUCUCACGAGUCUACUGAUUUACCAACGGAUCCUGUGCUGUGGAUCGUUUGGUUUAGGCUCCAAGGACUCUACGUGUGCCCACUGCCCCAGCUGCCCCAGCCUCUGGAUGAGGAAUGGGAGCCACUGUUAUUAUUUCUCGAUGGAGAAAAAGGACUGGAAUUCUAGUCUGAAAUUCUGUGCGGACAAAGGCUCACAUCUCCUUACAUUUCCGAACAACCAGGGAGUGAACCCGUUGCUAGAGUAUCUGGGCCAGGACUUUUACUGGAUUGGCUUGAGGAACAUUGAUGGCUGGAAGUGGGAAGGUGGCCCAGCUCUCAGCUUAAGGAUUCUUUCUAACAGCUUGAUACAGCGGUGUGGUGCUAUCCACAGAGCUGGCCUCCAAGCCUCCAGUUGUGAAGUUGCUUUGCAGUGGAUCUGUAAGAAGGUCCUUUACUGACGGAUGCCACUAUGUCCUGAGCCUCAGAUCUGCCACAUGUCUAUACAAAGAGGGAAUGGGCCUGGGGAAUCUUUGUCCAUGAAUGUGUGUUUAACCUGUUACAAUAUGCCAUUAGACAGAGGAUUAGCAUAACUUCCUGAGAGCUGGCCUUUUCCUGCUGGGCUUUCUCAGCGACUGUGUAAGUAUUAUGUUAAAGGCUAACUCUGGGCAAAUGAAAUAAAGUUUAUUUUCAUGA